CCCUCAUUCACCUGCGUGAGAGUGCCACCCCGCAGUGCCUAUCUGGACCUGGACCUUCCCGCACGUUCUAGUUCCCUCGUUGUUCCGUGGCACCCUCAGUAUGGGCGAAAUUCCUAAAGACCCGGCCUUCAACAUCAUCCCUAAGAACUCGACAUGUUUUAUCAUCUGGCGAGUCGAGAACCUCCAGCUGGUGGCGCUGAAGCGAGAGGAGUACGGCAAGUUCCACAAGGGCGACUCCUACAUCGUUUUCUCAGCCUCGGAGUAUGGCAAACCUGCAGGCAUGGACGACACGAAUCCAGUAAAACCACAAUUUGUAUUCCAAAGCCGCAUCCGCCCAAGGGAGCUUUGGACAUCCACAUCCCACUUCUGGCUUGGAUCCGAGACCAGCACUGACGAGGCGGGUGUGGCAGCCAUCAAGACCGUGGAGCUGGACAACCUCCUCGGGGGCGGGCCGGUGCAGCACAGGGAGACGGAGGGGAACGAGAGCAAAGCGGUUUUUUGUUCGUACUUCAAAGAACUGGCAUUCAGGCUUCUGAAAGGAGGUGUUGCUUCGGGAAUGAAACAUGUUGUGGAUGACUUCGAGCCGGCCAGCUACCACGUCAAGGGGAAGCGGUCUACUGUGGUGACGGAGAUGUCUGCUAUCGACUGGAAGCUUAUGAACGACGGAGACGUAUAUGUAAUAGACAACAGGGAAAUUAUUUACGUCUGGACGGGCAGGAACAGCAACAACAUGGAAAAAAUACAGGGAGCCAAGUUCGCCGGGACCCUUCGUCAGGAGCAUGGCGGAUGUUUUCCUUUAUCUCCUCAACGUCUGUUCUGUUCUGGCUCCCCCGCCAGGAUAAGCGAAGAACUCAAGCUGUUCAAGUGUUCGGAGGAGAGCGGCGUUCUGAAGGUGACGGAGGUGAAGAACGGCCCUCUUGUCCAGACCGACCUCACUCCAAGGUGCGUUAUGCGUGCGAGUGACUCCUUCAUCGUGGACAACGGACCGGACGGGAUAUGGGUGUGGGUGGGGAAGAAGGCGACACAGAAGGAGAGAGACGAAGCCCUAAGGAACGCCCAAGGAUUCAUCACCAAGAAGGGAUACCCGACCAACACGAAAGUCAGCCGCGUCAUCGACAACGGAGAACCGCCCGAGUUCAAGACGCUGUUCAAGGACUGGAAGGACAAGGACCAGAGCAAGGGCUUCGGCAGGCAAGCUUCGAGUAAGUGUGAGAGUCCUGACCUGGAGGAGAAUUUGCUUCGGUGGGCGACGGCGUGUUCCGUAGUUCCGUUUUCUAUGCUUUCAGUCGACCUCCGCGCGGGCUGCCUCAACUCCAACGACUGUUUCGUGGCGACUCCCCAGACGACCUACGUGUGGUGCGGGAAGGGCUCCACCGGCGACGAGCGGGAGAUGGCCAAGACGUACGCCUCCAGCAGGGGAGACACCUUCAUCGUGUCUGAAGGCCACGAGAAGGAGGAGUUCUGGCGCGCCCUCGGGGGCAAGGAGGCCUACGCCACGACCCCCAAGCUGAAGGAGGAGCACCCGGCCCACUCGCCGCGCCUCUUCCAGUGCAGCAACGCCACGGGAGUCUUCAAGGCCGAAGAAGUGGUCAACUUUUCCCAGGUCGACCUCGUGGACGAUGACGUCAUGCUCCUGGACGCGUGGGACUGCGUCUUCCUCUGGAUCGGCCACAACUCCAACAAGCCUCCGACGCCCUGGCCCUCGAGUACCUCCGGACGGACCCCGCCGGCAGGAAAACGUCCCUCAUCAAGUUAAAAGGAUACGAGCCCCCGAACUUCACGGGACACUUCGGAGUCUGGUUGGACAACGACCUGUGGACGAUAACAUGGACUUACGCCACACUGCGAGCGCCUUCAGUGAGGUCGCCCGGGGGCCACCGUUCCGUGACGUCACGGGGUCUGGACGAGUGGGAGGCGGACGUACCCGCUGGCGCGCUGAGGGAGAAGGACCCGAAAGCGUGCCCCCGGAGGUCGACCCGUGCACAAGAGGGGGGAGGGGGGGCGAAGGACCCCGAGAAGCUGCCCCCGGAGGUCGACCCCGUGCACAAGGAGGACUUCCUCUCCGACGCCGACUUCGCGGCCGUGUUCGGCGUCGACCGCGCCAGCAUCGACUCGAUCCCGAUGUGGAAGCGGAACAACAUGAAGAAAAAGGCGGGACUUUUCUAGGGACUUCGUUUUAGACCCUCGAACAGCCUCGGUUUGAGGGCUAGUGGGUCUUGGAGGGCGGGAGGCGGCCACCCCCCCUCCCUCCCCCUUCUGCUGCUGCAUGGGGGGAAAGUCUGCCGCGGGGAGAUCGUCGCCCGUCAUGCAACCGCACUAAUGAGCAUGCAACGUCAAGAAAACCGGUGCCAAAGUCAGAGCCAUCAGGAGGAGGAGCUGGAAUACGAAUGUCUUGACCCGGCUCUCUCUGCCUUUCACGUGGAUUCUCUCCCUGCGUCGUCUUAUUUGCUUUUAUUCUCCUCUUUUUCUUCUUCUUUUUUAGUCUUUAAGGAGUGUGCAAGAGUGUAAGUGGGGUUUGAUCCGCCCUUUAUUGUUAUUAAGGUUUAUUUAUGUAUCGCAAAUAGUGUGAACCAUUUUUUUUUUUUCUGCAGAGUGCAUGAGAAAGACGAAAGUGGCAUCGCCUGAUUUUCCAAUAGGCAGAAUAAACAACAAUUGUAUAAA